AGGUCAAAUCAAUGUUAUUGUUUAACAUCGAGAGAAAAAAAUUGCCAAACGUUCGAAAUCAAAAAGACAAUACCGAUAAUGAAUGGAAGUGAUGAAUCUGACGGGGACAGGUUACAAGGAGCGGCCCUUAUUGUCGACGAUGGCGGGUUGGAUGAUUUCGAUUUGGAUAUCCCACCCACUACUGGAAAUGAAUACCUACGCCGAGUUCGGAGAGAAGCCAAUGAUUGUCCAAAAGUUGUAGUAGCUGAUAUAGAUACUAGUAUUUUUACAAAGAAACAGACGGUCAAUGUCAGACAUGAUACAAGAGGCUGUCACCCUGCUCCUAAAGGUUUUGCACCAGACUUAGAGUGGCAAAGAACACAAAUAGCUGAUUUUGCAGAGUUCAGACAAAGUUAUGCUAGGCAGAAAGCAUUACGAAAAAAGAAUAAAUCUUUGAAAAUUGAAAAUGUGCCAUUAGCAAAUGAUGUUGAAGGUUGGUGUCGUCUUUGUUUUGGACGUUUACAACCACCAGGAUCUGUUCCACAUGAGAUCAAAGAAAAUGAAAGUGAGAAUGGCACAGAUAGACAAGGCACUUUACCUUUACUCAGUAUAAUGAUGGCCAUGGACCAGCCUGCUGUUAUUAAAGUAUUAGAAUAUCACAUUAACUGGUUUGAGGCUACAGGAUUUUCAGACAAACAGGGAAGUUGGUUUUAUUCUUUGUUGGUUUGUUUGGAGAAACCACUUUCCCCAGAAGCUUGUUCAACUCUAAGAACUUUAGCCAGAUCUUGUUCCAAUCUGAGAGCUUCACUUGAAAAUUCAGAUGAUCCAAGACUAUCACCAUUGAACCUAUUUAUAUGCAUUGUGGCUAGAUAUUUUGACCAAAUUGAUUUAGCUGAUUCAGGAACCUGAAGAAUUCUAUAAAUUUUGAUCAGAAAUUUGAUAGAUCCAUGGUCAAGCUGUACAAGGGAAAAGAAUACAGAAAGUUGAUCAUCAUAUAAACUGUGGUAUUUCUUCAUCAAAGGCGAAUAAAUAAAUGAUUUUUCUAAUAAAGUACAUAAUGAACUAGA